AUGGUUUCCAACGGCGAUGUCAAUACUGAAGGUCCGUCGCUGCCUAAAAUGGACUUUAUGGCGCUAUCAAAUCUUGCUGAGCAAUUCGUUCUGCAGUAUUAUUCUGUUAUGAACAAGUGUCCAGAACUUUUGCACCGAUUCUACGGGGAGGACUCUACUUUAAUCUAUGAGAGUCCGCCUAUAUGUGGUCAGACAGAAAUACACAAUGCCUUCUCUAAGCUAAAACUGCGGGAGACGCGUGUUAUAAUCUUGAAAAUAGAUGCUUUGAAGGCAUGCAAUAACUCGGCUCUUGUCCAGAUAUCCGGUGAGAUUAGUGUCUCGAAUGGACCAUUCCGUCGCUUUAUGCGUAGCUUUACACUGUUUGAGAAAAGUCCCGCAGAUUUUUAUGUCUUAAGUGACAUACUGCGCUAUCAGGACCGAGUCUACAUUCCUGCAAGGGGGGAGUCCAAGGUCGCUUCAGGCGAUACAGCUACUGAAGCGAGAAGGGGCACGAAGCCUACUUCCGAGAAGUCUGUCACAAAAGGCUCUUCUAAUGGCGCUGCUCAAGAACAAAAGCGUCAAGCCCACGAGAAGCGAUCAGAGGUACCCCAGACGGUAGAACAAGAACCGGAACCAAGAGGAGCAGAGAGGCCACUUUCUCCCCGCACUCCGACUCCCAAACCUCUGGUCGAGCCUCCCCCUCAAAAAGUAGUUGAGAAACAGGUUUCAGCACAGGUGGUACAGUCCCAGCCGGCACCAUCACCUCCACCGCCACGAGAAUCAUUGCCAGCAGCACAGCUGCAACCACUCACACAACAACCAAUUUCGACUGCACCUAUGAGCUGGGCGCAGAGAGCAUCCGGGAAUAUAGGUUCCGCCCCAGCUUCUUCUGUAGUCACUUACCGACCACAACCUCAACCUGCAAAGCCGCCACCAGUGGAACAACCAACGACCAACACUCCGGCUAGUAGUACACAGAAACUUGGACUACCCAAACAAAUUCGCAGCGGAGGUCGUCCACACCAAACAGAUACUCGCAGAGACUCAAACGGCGAUCGUGGUGAUGCCCAAUUACCCCAACAGCAGCAAUUUCAACACCAACAACAGCCACGUGGGGGGUUUACUCAGUCUGGGGGCGCGCGUGAAGGCAUGCGGAAUAAUGGAGGCGGUGCGGGUCGCGGAAACCGCGGAAGUGGGUCGGUUCGUGGCGGCGGUGGUGGUGGCAAUCGCACUGCAGCCAACGCAGCUUCAAGGCGCUAG